UAUCAAAAGCAAAAAAUUUCAAGAAUUUAUUAAGGAUCCUAUGUACACAUUUUGUAUGCCACCAUGGUCAACAGAAGAGUUGUUAAUUUGCAAAAAAAUGUUUACUACUGUGCCACAAAAUUUGAUGCUUGAUCUUAUUGAUAAAGUAGGCGAGCACUCUCUUCGAUGGGCUUCUAGUUAUAUUUUCAAUAGAAUCGAGCAAAAACUAAGAGACAGUAGAUGGGACAAACUUUUUCUGGAAAUUCAAAAUCCAGAUGAUCCCUCCAGCAGCAGAGGGAUUAUGUUCGAGUCGCUUGUUCUCCAUCUCCUUAAGGUUGGCAAACAACAAUUCGAAAUAAGAUGUAUACAGGGAAGACAGCACCUUUCAAAUUAUGAUGAUGAAACAAUACUUAUCCAGCCAAUUAAAGGAAAUUUUGGUGCAACAGAUCUUAUUAUCUUGCCAAAUCAUAUUUUUCAAAUCACGGUAUCUAAAAAUCAUCCUAUCAAGCACAGCGAACUGGUUAAAAUAGUCAAAAAUAUAAAAGCAUUCAGGAGAGAUCCGAAUUCAAUAAUCAAUCUAUUUUUUAUUGUCCCGGAAGACAUAUAUGAUGAUUUCCGGUGUCAAAAAUACAUAACACCAAAGAAAUGUAUUGGUAAUGAUUUUGAGGCUUAUAAGGAA